UGGAAGCUAGCCUAGACUACACUGCACUGGUGUACUAGAACUCUAGUAAAACCGUUUAGUCUGUGUAGUGUCAGUGAACCGUACUGAUUAGAUGAUGUAAUUGAAACUACAGCUUCUAUAUAUACAAAGACACUAUAAGAACAGAUCAGAUCAGACCGCGAUCGCGAGCUAGCUAACUAGUGCUUACUCUGAAGACGUGAUUUUUUAAUUUGCUUCUCGUCCAAUGGAAACGGAAACAGACCGAGAAGACAACAACCCAGAGUAUGUACGGUCUCCAAGGAAGCAUAGGGAACAGAGGCGUGUAUCUAGAAAUGUUGAUACUUGUUGUUGAAACUCCAGCAGCAUCUGCAAAUUGCGGUAAUAACUCUCAGUUGGACAGAUCGCAAAAAAGAGCAAGCAAACGUGUUGAUGUUCAAUUUCAAACGGAUCCCAGUCUGUGCAUUAUCUGCCAGAAAGAAAAACGAGGUCGAGCAAAGAAAGACAGCAAAGACAGACGUCGUACUGAAAAGCUGACAACUUGCACAAGUCUUCACGGUACACUACACAAUGCUGCAACUUUACGAGAUGACCAGCGACUGCUGGUAUACCUUGUAGGUGGCGAUGAUGUAGCUGCAGAAGUGAAACACCAUAGGAGUUGCUACCAACAAUACACAAAUAGGAAAGAUCUAGAAAAACUAAUAGACACCGAAGAAGAGCAGUCUAGUCCAUAUGAGACUGCCUUCAAGAAUUUGUUGCAAGAGAUUCAAGGUCCACUACGUAGAGGUGAACUGCUUGUCACUAUGCCUGCUAUGUGUAACCGAUUUAAUCGGUUAUUGGUGGAGCAGGGAUUAAGCAAUCCACAAUAUCGUACAGAGAAAUUGAAACGCCGCUUGCGAACACACUUUGCUGAAGAAGUUGUUUUCUAUCAAACGGAAGAGCUAGGAAAACCGUGCGUUUUGUACAGUGCUCACUUGCCUCUGAUUCGUGUAUCUGAACUGCUUCAAGAAGUUCUGGAUGAGGCUACUGGCACUGAUACUGAUGAUGUGACGGUGUAA